CUGCCCCCUCCGCAUCCAGCUGGCCGGGCGCCCCCGGCUUUAGGCGGGGCGCGGCGCUGCCCCCACCCCGGCUUCUCCGGGCCAAGGACGGAGCACCCAACCCCGGGGGCCCUUCCGCGGCUCCUGCCUCCCGGCUCGCCGUCACCCCGAGCAGGGCGGCGGGGGGCCGCUCGCGCCCCCACCACGGCCUCUCCGCGCGGGGGAGGCUCGGGCCGGGACCUGCCCGGCCACGCGCGUGGUCACCGCCGCCCGGGUGACCCGGGGGGGCUGCUGCGCGCUGAGGCCGAGCUUCGCUGAGCCCCCCCGGAGGGGACGGGUGCCCCGGCGGGGCCAAGCCGGCGGCUGACGAGGCCGCGGCAGUGGGGCGGGCAGAGCCAUGAGCGUGGGGUGAGACCCCGGCACCCCCGAGCCGAGCCGGGACCCUCGCCCACCCCGAGGAUGCGGCCGGUGCAGAAGUCGCUGUGCGCGCUGCUGGUGGCCGCGGCGUCCCUGGCGCUGCUCUACCUGCACGUGUGGGCCCCCAAGCCCCCCCGCAGCGUGGACCUGCGGCCCCGGCCCCCCGCGCGCCUGCCCGACGGGCGCCUGGGCCAGCCGGCCCGCCAGUACCCCCACAUCGCCUUCCGCCUCAAGGAGCAGGUCAUGGAGCGGCUGCCCAGGAACGGCUGCUCCUGCGAGGCCGAGCCGGGCAUGACGCUGCCCUUCCCGAAGCAGCUCUUCGGGCAGGGUCACAGCGUCGACUUCGCCGGCGCCUUCGACCCCGCCGAGCUGCCCCUCGUGCAGCGCCAGCGCGAGCAGGAGUUCCAGCGGCAGCAGCUCCGGGCGCAGUCCCCGGCCGAGCGGCUGCUCGUGGUCCGCGCCAACUCCCCGCUCGAGUACCCGGCGCAGGGCGUGGAGGUGAGGCCGCUGCAGAGCGUCCUGGUGCCAGGGCUCAGCUUGCAGGCGGCGGGCAGGAAAUCCUACCAGGUGAACCUGACGGCCACCAUGGGCACGCUGGACGUGGCGGCCGUGGUGGACGGCGUGACGCUGCAGGGCGAGGGCGAGCCCCGGCUCUCGCUCGCCGCCGCCCGCCUCGACCACCUCAACCGCCAGCUGCAGUUCGUCACCUACACGAACACCCUCUUCCACCCCAACACGGCCGACAUAGUGCAGUUCUCCACGGACGGCCACGAGGCCUCCUUCGCCAUCCGCAUCCGGCACCCGCCCACGCCCCGGCUCUACAGCCCCGGCCCCCCGGGUGACGGGGACGCAGAGUACAACAUCAGCGCCCUGGUCACCAUCGCCACCAAGACCUUCCUGCGCUACGACAAGCUGCGGGGGCUCAUCGCCAGCGUGCGCCGCUUCUACCCCUCCGUCACCAUCGUGGUGGCCGACGACAGCCAGCGCCCCGAGCCGCUGCAGGGCCCCCACCUCGAGCACUACCUCAUGCCCUUCGGCAAGGGCUGGUUCGCGGGGAGGAACCUGGCCAUCUCGCAGGUGACCACCAAGUACGUGCUGUGGGUGGACGACGACUUCAUCUUCACCCCCCGCACGCGCCUGGAGAAGCUGGUGGACGUGCUGGAGCGGACCAGCCUCGACCUGGUGGGCGGCGCGGUGCGGGAGAUCACGGGCUACACGACGACGUACCGGCAGCGGCUGAGCGUGGCGGCGGGCGGCCCCGGCGGCGACUGCCUGCGCACGCGGCCCGGCUUCCACCACCGCCUCGCCGGCUUCCCGGGCUGCGUCGUCACCGACGGCGUCGUCAACUUCUUCCUGGCCCGCACUGACAAGGUGCGCCAGGUGGGCUUCGACCCCCGCCUGCGCCGCGUCGCCCACCUCGAGUUCUUCAUCGACGGGCUGGGCGUGCUGCACGUGGGCUCCUGCGAGGACGUGGUGGUGGACCACGCGUCCAAGCUGCGGCUGCCCUGGCGCCAGACGGAGAGCGAGCGGCAGUACGCCCGGUACCGCUACCCGGCGGCGCGCGACGACAGCCUCCGCCUCAAGCACGGCCUCUUCUUCUUCAAGAACCGCUUCAAGUGCAUGACCGGCAACUAGCCGGGGGGGCCGCCCCCCCCCCCCCUCCACGCACGGGACUGCCGCCGCCCCCCCCCGCGCACGGCGUUUUUAGCUCUUUUGUACCAGGCCGGGGGGGGGGGGCACGGCGGUGGGACCCCCCCAGCCAUGGAGGGGAUGGUCCUGCGGCCCCGGGAGGGGGGGAGGCCGUGAGGACACAGGGGGCCCAGGCGUCCGAGCCCCUGCCCCCCCCCCCAGAGACUCUGUUUUCUAUUGUACAGCCCCCCCCCCCCCAAUGCUGCGAUAAGGAUUUUUGUGCCAAGUUUCUGUCCCCCCCCGGGACCCCCGGCUGCAGGGGGGCGCUGCCACGGGCCCCCCCGCCCGGCCCUUUUCUAUCCACGGUGAGAUUUUAACGAGACCAAAAACCCCCCAAAACCC